AUGCCGACCAAAGCCCCUGAAGCGACAUCCUUAAUGGUACAGGAUGAAGGUGCGGAAGAGAGUCAACCUCGACGUGGCACAGCGACUAGGCCAUUUAGACAGCCAUUCUGGUUGUCCAAAGUUGCCCUGUUCCUCUUCUUCCUCACGUUCAUCGCCUGCAUCAUUGCCCUCGUCGUCCUGGACCGAGUCGUCACUUCUCGAAAUGGCCUACCACUCACUAUUUCUACCAGCUCAUACUCGUGGACCUACGGCCCGACCGCGAUUCUCAUCGUUAUUCUCAGUCUCUGGAGACGUGUCGAUUACAACUUCAAAGCGAUCCAGCCAUGGUGUGAGCUGUUCACUGGACCCUCUCCAUCAUCCAGGUCAAUUCUCCUUGACUACAUCACCCCAUUUCAGGCGGUAAGCAUCACGAAAGCCCUAAAGCAUCGUCACUACCCCGUGGCUUCGACGAUCGCCGCGUUUUUCCUCCUCAAACUGGUUAUCCUUAUCUCGACGACGCUCUUUGUCAUGAGGGAAACAAGCCUCCGCGGGACAUUUAGCAUCACGUACCAAGACAGCCUCAACGCUACUGAUCUAUGGGCUCUUUAUUCCCAAGCCGACAUGGAUUCCCUAGCAGGCAAGCCUUACUUACACCCCGACUUCACUCCCGUAUUCUCUGGAGGGUCGGCCGCCCCAAUCUGGACAUAUCUUGGCAGUUUGAACAACGUCACGAGCAAUGAGACCCAGUGGCUACUGCCGGAUGAUCAAGUCACGCAAAGGUUUUCGCUCCUUUCUUCUCGGGCUACUGUUAGGAAGUUACAUGCUCCUGUGGACGUGUUUUUCCCCGACAUUACUUGCGAAGACGCUGUAGUUUUGGCGCCCAAAUCAGCACGAUAUCAUACUGUGCAGGAGUAUCGAGAGUACAAAUUCGUUUCGGAAUCAUGCAACAACAGUGGAGUGAUCCUCAACGUAUGCCGGGGGUCAAAGUACGGUGACUUGCCACUGCCUCCCGACGAAAGUUGCCAGCCUGAACCUCGCGCCUACACAGUCCAUCGCGUUAACUGCUCUGGCGUCAAUGACACACUCAAUCUCUGGAAUUACAAUGAGAUCCCCAUGGAUAGCUGGGCCACCUACAUCGAGGGAUAUGACAUACGUUAUGCCAUCACAGCUACUCAAUUCAAGCCGACCUGGGAUAACACCGAGCUCGCUGCAAUUGACUUGGUCAGGUCGGGAUGCAUCAUCUGCAAGGUUGGGUACGGCAUCGGAACCUCCGAGGCAACACUUGACUUGAUGACGGGGUCAGUCGCCCUUUCUCCUACCGGGAGGAACAUAACGACACUUCGAAAUCUGUCUAGCAAUGCGUUUGCCGAACUGCUAUGGAAAACCCUUGAACGGCCAGCUGAUUUUCUCGUGGUCGGAGACAAUGUUCCUACUCUCAAAGCAGCAGCCGAUCCUAAGUUUGGCCCCGUGCCUGGGGCCGAGGCUGUCCUUUUUCAGCUCAUGUAUGCACAGCUCGGUCGCCCAACCGAUCUGGGGAUCUUUUACGAAAGACCAAACCUCAAGAAUGCCAGCAUCUCAGUCCUAGAGGGCGUCGCUCGAGAAUUUGCCCGACAGUCGCUCCUAGUCCCAAAACUGCGAAGGGCUGAUGCCCAGGGUAUGAAGAUCGAGAAUCGACUGCACAUGAGGCGCCUGGCGGUCUGGAUCAUGGCAGGUGGCUUUUGUGCGUUGGCGAUAAUUUGCCUGCUGUUGCUAUGGUCGGCCCAUCCCGUUACUCGGAUCCCUUCCAUCUCGGCCUCUAUAGCUGGUCAUGCAGCCAUACUCGCCAACAGCCCAAACGCACAGGCUGCCCUGACUGGUGCCGGGCAUCUGUCUGAGUGCGAGUUAAAGAGAAGUCUCGCAAGACUUCAGUUUUCUGCUGUCACGGAUCGAGCUGGACGCUUGCAGCUCCGCGCUGAGACGGCAUCUGCGCCCUCCAAUCCUCUGCCCUGCCCGCCGCCAAAGGCUAGGCUGAAGAAACAUCGCUGGCUUCCCCUCGCUGUUCGUCUCCCGGUCAUCGGAAUCACCUACACUGCACCCAUUUUGUUGAUAGGGACUCUUGAGUUUCUACACCGACUGUUGAGAGACAAGGAUCACCUAUUGGUAGUCGGUACCAAAGACUCUGUCGCGUCAUCGUACGUGAUACGCCUUGUAUCUACCUUGGUGGUCUUCGGUCUGGCCACGAUGAUCAAUAAUCUCGACUUCACCAUCGUCACCUUUGCCCCCUACUCGAGCCUUCGAUUUGGAAGCGUCUCAGCAGAACGCAGUAUCCUGUUCAAUCCACUCUCAGUGAAUCCCUUUCUGGUCCUGUUCAAGACGAUUCAACAUGGUCAACUUGGCGCGGCGGCAUCUAAUGCGGCAACUCUCAUCGCUGGGUUUUUGACCAUCAUCGUGUCUGGUCUUUGGGUCCCUAUGGACUCUCGUGUUGUCAACCAACCCUCAUCAGCCUCGGUUGAAAAUUGGGACUUGCGUUGGUUGGCCAAUCCAGCCGACGACGGCGGUGCAGGUAUUCGGCUGAACUUGAUCCGAAACAGUGGUGCUGUCACACCGACCACGAUCUGGAACGACCUGGUAGUACCCCAGAUCUCAUUCCCACCAAAUGGCACGUACGGGUCUCAUCGCAAAGUCAGUAGUACCUUUGAUGUACUUGCUCUUCAACCGGUCCUUAACUGUACUGUACUGCCGCAAGAAGCCAUUUCGGCGCCCCCUUUGGGCUACAAGGAGCAAGCCGGUAAAAUGGGUCACUUUGUUUGGGUCUCAAGGAGAAUGAUUUUGGUAAAUCCUCCAAGGAUCGAGCCAGAAUGCUCCUUCACAUCUAAUAACAGCUUCGCGGACCUUAAAUUCAGCAGAACGUAUGAAACCGAGAGCGGCAUCUGGGUCGGACAGUACAUCGACCUUACCAACUCGACCGCUGGCCAAGUCAGCAAUGUGUGCCCAUCCAUCGGCAUGUUUUUCGGGCAGAUUCGCGAUGUGAAUGUGACGGGUCUGACAGGUCUCGUGUGCACCCAGGGGAUCAAUGAAGUUCCGGUGACAAUCAACUACCGAGGCGACCCGGCCCUUGGAGAAAUCAAUAGCCUUCGGGUGCGAGGUCAGUCCCAAGCUCUCAAGAACAAGACCAGCGGAUCCCAUACCCUAGGCUAUAAACUCAAAGGAUUCAUGGACUCAACCCUCCUCAAUUUCGCAAGAAAUGACCCAGAGUACCAAUACGACCCCUUUUUCAACCAACUGGUAAAGCGCCCCAAUGGAUAUUCGCGAGAGGAUCUCCUGGGGCCCAACAAUGCCGACAAGCUGGUCAAAGCCGUUACACAGGACUACUGCGAGUACAUGAGGCACAUCAUCGAUCGCAAUUUCCGAGCAAGCAACAGCUCUCGAACCAGCUUUUUGAGUGCUACAGAUGGGAAUUCGGCAACUUCAUCUCGCACAAUAAUAACUGGCUCGUACUCUGCGGAGGUGACGCAUCUUGUCAUCGACAGCACCUCAAAACGUAUCCUUCAGAUACUCCUUGCCAUCAUGACAGGGCUUAGCCUCCUGGGCUUUGUUCUAGUCAAGAUACGUGGAACCCUCCCGAGGGAUCCAUGCAGUAUUGGAAGCACAAUGGCUUUACUGGCCGACUCACAAUUAUGUGACCGAGAAUCAGGGGUUAUGCCUCAGAACGCAGAACAUAUGAGUGAACGCCAGUUGAAGCAAGUUUUUGAUGGAUGGGUGUUUAGCCUAGGAUGGUGGCAUCGCGAUGCACACUGUGGAAGUACAGCUCCAGAGGAGGUCUAUAGUUCAGGUUCUUCGGGAAAUCUUGCAAGCGACACGGAGUGUGAAACCAGGAAAAACGAGAAACUAUUUGGCAUCGACAUUGGGAGGGCUAACUCUUGGGGCUGGCGAUUUGGGGGCCUCAAGCAUCCUGGGGUUGAAAGAAGAUACCGGUAG